UCGUCUCAGCGGCAUCUGAUCGCGUCGGGUGCGCGGUGUGCGGUGUCAAAUCUCCGUAAAUUCCCGAAAUCCUCAAAAAUUCUCGCCAAUUUCCAAAAAAUGCCAAAACAGUUUUGACCCCCUCCCCAGAGCGAAAAAUAAUGGACGUGGAAAAAAUGCCGCAGUGGACAAGAGAGUGUAGGGAGCAGGAAAAAUAAUUCGGACAGAGAGGGAAAUUCGGUUGUAAUCGGGUGAAAUCGGCAAUAGUGGCAAAAACUCGGAAGUGCUGUGGAGUGGGGCCGGGGAAAGAGGAGAGGGUUGAGUUGUCAAAGAGGGCGAAGAGGGGGCGCUGGGCGUGGGGGUAUCAGAGGGAGAAGAGGGAUGACGCAUGCGUCUGUGUGAUUGGCCAGUAGAGCUAUGGCCGCCGACUCGUUCUCACUGACACACGGAAAAAAAUUCCCUCACCCUUGUAACACAUAUAAAUGGAAAAGCCAGUGACGCACACGCACACGCGUCCUCUUUGUCUCGUGUUCUCGUCAGCGGGGGUUUGUUCGCUCGAGGGGAGGGGGUAGAAGGGAAUUUUCGUCUGUUCUCGUCUGUCCAGACGGCGGGAGUGCGACAGAAAGGUUCGGCGCGUUGCCUUGUAAGGCGGACACAAGUGAGUGCUCCAGUGUUUUUAUCUCCUCUAGUUGUUAAACAAAGUACCAAACACCAACAGUGCACAACAGUGACUUAAUCGUUUCAACAAUCACACUAGGCCCGUGGCAUCUUUUCGAUAUUACAUUGGGUUGUCUUCAUGUUUACAUUUAACCGCUGUGAGACAUUGGUGGUGAAUUCGCGCGCUUGUGUCCAGAGUGAAUUAAUAUCGUGAGGGAGUGAGGAGGUUAAAAGUGCAGAGUCUGGAAGGGGAACAUACGUCGCUUCAUAUGCGACCUUGAAAUUGCGUAUACGUAAAAUAAAAAAAUAUAAAAAAUAACACACGACAAUCCGUCAAAAGUACACGAGGACACCAUUUUAUACUUGUGGUGUAUGUAUACGAGAAUUAAUGAACUUGGAGUUUUCUUAUAAUAGAAGAGUGGAUUUUAUCUGACGUUUGGGAGUAAUUAGGGAAUUUCAUUUGCACAUUUCAUCGGUAUUUAUCAGUCGGCCGUAGGGACAAAGACGUUAGGCAUAACCUCCAAAACGUUGAUGGAACAAUCUGUUUGAUAUCGUUUUAUAUUUUAUGGAUUUCCGAUGAGAGAGAGACGAGGAUGAGAAUAACGUGAAUAAUAAAUAAUCAUUCUUGUUUAUACAAAUUUAUUGGAGCUGAGAUAUAUCGUGAGAAUCGGAGUGAAGUAAAGUUGGAGAGUGGGAGGAACCGAUAAAUCGUUGGAUUUGGGUAGUUGAUGGAUGAAAGUGCAAGAAUGCUGCAGCACGGAGGUUCGAAUGUUGGUCUGAUGGGUGGAAAUGGUGGCCAGGGUGCCCAGAAUGCUGGUGGAUAUGGAAGUAUGGGACCGGUUGAUGGUUCAGCAUCACAGGGUCCCGAACAAGCUGUUGAGGCGCGUAAACAAGACAUCGGGGAAAUUCUACAACAAAUCAUGAAUAUCACGGAUCAGAGUCUGGACGAGGCACAGGCGAGAAAACACACCCUCAACUGCCACAGGAUGAAGCCAGCGCUAUUCUCUGUGCUCUGUGAAAUCAAGGAGAAAACCGUGCUGUCCCUGAGGAAUACCCAAGAGGAUGAACCACCAGAUCCCCAGUUGAUGAGGUUGGAUAAUAUGCUGGUGGCUGAGGGUGUUGCUGGUCCGGAAAAAGGUGGUGGUGCUGGUGCAGCAGCUUCAGCAUCAGCAGCUGCUGCUGCUGGACCUCAGGGCCAACCGGACAAUGCCAUUGAGCACUCUGACUAUCGUGCCAAACUCGCCCAAAUUCGACAGAUUUACCACCAGGAACUAGAGAAAUACGAACAGGCUUGCAAUGAAUUCACGACCCACGUGAUGAAUCUCUUGAGAGAGCAGAGUCGCACAAGGCCAAUUACCCCAAAGGAAAUCGAGAGGAUGGUGCAGAUCAUACACAAAAAAUUCUCCAGCAUCCAGAUGCAGCUCAAACAGUCGACUUGUGAGGCAGUUAUGAUCCUCAGGAGUCGAUUCCUCGAUGCUAGACGUAAACGAAGAAACUUUAGCAAACAAGCUUCCGAAAUACUGAACGAGUACUUUUAUUCACACCUAAGCAAUCCUUACCCAAGUGAAGAGGCGAAAGAAGAGCUCGCGAGAAAGUGUGGCAUCACAGUCAGUCAGGUAUCCAAUUGGUUCGGUAACAAGAGGAUACGUUACAAGAAAAACAUCGGUAAAGCGCAAGAGGAGGCGAAUUUAUACGCGGCGAAAAAGGCUGCUGGAGCAUCGCCGUACAGUAUGGGCGGUGCCAGCCAGGGUACACCAACGCCGAUGAUGUCACCAGCACCACCAGGUGGACCUCAGGAUAUGGCUGGAUACGGUAUGGGAAUAAAUGGAAGUGAUUAUGGAUCGCAACCCUACAACGACGGCUCCAUGGGCUACGACCCAAUGCAUCAGGGCAAGAUGGGGGCUGGAUGGAUGCAGCAGCGCGAUGCCGUACCAGAGUUUCCGCCUCUCCACGAUUCAGCGGAUUCAGAUUCAGACCGGGAUGAAAAACGACCACGGGUUUAGGAGGGAAAUUAAACAAAUUAUCGAGAAAAAUAACAAGUAACACAGAUAAACAAAAAAAAAACAGAGUAUAAUGCAAACGAAGGGAUAUUCAUAGAGCAGGAAGAGCGAGAUGAGGGAUGAAAAGAGUUGCCAACGCACGAGAAAAUGAAAAAGAAAGUGCAUUUGGAAGUGGUGAACGCACUCGAUCGCACAUUUUUUUAAACACAAGAAAUGAUAAAUAACACAGACAGAGGAACCAACACAAGAGCACGCACACAGGCCCCCACUUCCUCCCCACGUACUGUUAUCAUUUUAGUUGGAAUGGUUGAAACAGAACUUUUGUGACGAUGGAAAUUUCAUCGAGACAUUCACACGAGUGUCUGUUUCUCUAGAAUAAGACAAUACGGAGGAUAAAAAACACAUUGUAUACGAUGAUACACCGAGAAUUCUUAUAAUACAGCUGAACUUGUACCAUUCGAUUGAUUCAUGCUCACCUGUCUGUUGCCAUGCGUUACUCUCGUUUUUUCCCACACAAUUGUCCAUCAUUGAAAAAAUAUAUUCAUUUGAUCUACGCCUAGCUAUUGAAUAUGCUUCCAUGGUCCAGAAUUUUUUACGUUUAUUGUUUAAGCUUUUUGUCACCCUGGUUGCGCCGUUCUAACCCAUUAAGUUUAUCGUUUGUCAUUUCAGAGAUAUCGAACUUAUUUGCAAUGUCUCUUAUGUUGGAAAAUCGUACAUGCAUGUUGUAAUCAUUCUUACUUCGUUAAAUCAAUGAUUUUCAUAGCACGUGGCACAAUUUCAUUUAUUUUCGUCCACUGUUUCACGCAAAAGAGUCAGACAUUUUUUUUUUCACGUUUCUUCAAUUUUUCAGACGGAGAAAAACUUUUUGGAAAUCAUUUAGUUAUUGCAUUGGAAAAAUUACAAUUUCAAUUCAAUUGAAUUCAAUUAAUCAAUUACAAUCUUUACUGGUAAAAAUUAUCUAUAUUUCAGAAAAUAUUGCUUGCAUUAUUAUACAGUAAUUGCUUUCGGCGCGCAUUAUGAUUACAUUCCUGAAAACUUCCAGUGGCGGUACUAGAAUAUUUCCAAAAAAAAUCUCUAUUUAUUAAGUUGCAAUAAUUCAUGUUUGAUCGUCCAUAGAUCCACGUAACUGUAAAUUCCAAUAUUUCCAUUGUACAUGUACUUUGUGUAAAUACCACCCCCACCCCCUGAAUAUUUAAAUUAACGGAGAGAUUAGUUGUGGAUGAAACCGAUGAAUGAUUUAAAAAGUUGAGAUAUUCGGCGAUCUACGCCUGGCGUGCCUACAUGUGGCCAAUGUCUGCUUUCAGGAGCUGUCGCCUUGAAAUCCUUAGAAGAUACUGGAAACAUUUUAAACAAAUCCUUAAACAUAAUGCAAAUGAAUAUGACUCGAUCACCUUACAAUCUGUGAUCCAAUGCUCUCCCAAAAAUGGCGAGCAAUACGAAAUAAGAUCGAUAUUAAAAUAAAAAUAAGAUAGAUAUUCUGUUUCCGAGGACAAGGAGUGUCUUCUUAUCAUCUACUAUCAUUUUAAAAAUAUAUCGACAGUGAAGAUCAGCCCCACAAGAUACGAAAAGCUAUUCAGAAGGAAACUCUCUCUUCUUUAAAAAAAAAAGAGUAAGAUAUAUAUUUUUGCGGCACUCCUUGUAUCCAAUGCCGCCUUUCCCAAAAGAUUUAGCAAUCUUCCUGAGAUGCAGAGCAGUGAAAAAGAAAAAAAAUGAUAAACGAAGAAAAUUUACGAGAACGAAUAUAUAUUAUAUAUUUAAGAGGAAUAAUAAAAAGAAUAAACUAAGAUGGGAAACUAAGCAAUGGUCCUGCAACACAACACUGAUGUAUACGAUUUUUCAACAUGGAAAUAUUAUAUAUUGUAGCUAUACAUAUAGAACUAUAUAUAAAUAAUAAAUGAAGAAAUGAAGAUUAGUCUCUAGGCAGAUUGUAACAGCUGAAGACAUCAUUACGAACGGCGUUGCUUUUAUUAUAUUAUCCAUGAUUUUAAUUAUUGCCAUUAUUAUUAACGUGAUUACAUUUUUACAAGUGUAUUAUUAUUAUUAAUUACGUCAUUUGUAUUGCUAAUGAGGAUCCUUUAUCCAGUUCUUUUUUUUUUUCGGAAAAAAAUUCGUCACUGAAUCAUGGAGAAACUAUAGUGAUUGGACAAGUAAAUACGACAUAGAAUUAAUUUUAUUGAUUAAACAAGUUAACGAGGAACACGGGGACGAGGUAAACCUACGGCGAUCGAUGAUAAACGAUUCGUAACUAGUGUUUAGGAGAAAUGAAGGGAGUCCUCUUUUAUUGUAUAAAAUGGUGAAGACGAUAAAAAAAAAACAGUUGAUGGAAACGCGAUUGGGCGGUUUAACACUGUUGUUAAUAAAUAUGUCGCAAAAGGAGUGUAGCUAUUGGCUAAAGGUAGUAUUGAUUUGUAAAAGAUCGUGGGUUGGCAAGAGAGAGAGAGAGAGCGAGAGAGCGAGAGAGAAAGGGAGAGAAAAGACGCGCAGGUCAUUGCGGCGACAAUUGCAGAAAUUUUCGUGUUUACUAUCUUUGGCCAAUUUAUCUACCCUCAAUUGUUUUCUUGGUUCAAUUUUUUUUUUUGAAUUUGUUUUUGCGACCAGUACAAGUGCAUUCGGCACAGCUAGUAUACGAUAAAAUGAAUGCCCAGGAUGAUGAUGCAUUGAUUGUGUGAUUAUCAGACUUUGGGGCUGACAUAGGCACUACCUAACAUUUUAGUAAGUGAUGAUACAAAAAAAAAAUGGAGAAAAAUAACAAAAAAAUGUGAAUUGAUCAUAAGGAGAGAAUUAACAUUUAACAUUUAUGGAUUCGCUGUAUAAAAUAUAUUCAUAUUUUUCAUUCCUUCCUGUGAGAAAACACUUGAGAUGAGUGAAAUUUGAAAUCCCUUUCCUCUGCAUUCUUCACAUUUUUGUCUCCGUCCCAUUGACUAAAUCCCCAAGUUAUUUUGUUCCUUCGAUUAUUCAUAUGUUUUUGAAUUGAAGUUUGUGAAGGGCACGACGUCGAGGAUUCUCUGGCCAACGUUGAACGAUCAUUUUUUAAAUAUAGAGCAAUGGUGGUUCGUUGGGGGGAAUAUAAUAUAAUUUUUUGAGGCAAUUUUAUUUCCAAACAUUGUUUGGAAAUGUUGAUGGACGGCUCAACGUUGGGGGAAUUAACGAUCGAGUGACCUGUGAGACGACAGUAUACCACAAGAUAUCAUUGUAUCGAUUGAAUGCAUUAUGAUAAACUCAAUAAAAGGCUCUAAAAUUAUUA